AUGUCAUCCACAAACUUUGAUGCCGUUCAGAACGAGGCUGAUCUUGCUGAAGCCAGAGUAAGUUGAAAUCGUUUUUUGAGAUUUCGUAGGCAUUUAAAAGACUUUCAAGGCAUGAUCCCCUUUAAAAUAAGUCUGAAGAUACAGAUCAUUGGUUUUGAGAUAUUGUAUUGAAUAUUGCACAAAAUGAUGAUAAUUCGUAUUUUCAGCGUCUCCGAAAAGUCCGGCUCGAAGCAGCCCGUCGUGAAAGAUUCACCAGCCUCAUAAACAACAUGAGAACACUCCUGAUGGAAGCACGCCCUCAGGGUUACAACGCCAAGAUGGAACAGUUGGAUAUUCUUCAGCUAUUCCGAAGCCAAUGCGAACAGAAGGUUAGAGAAUUGGAGGUGCUAAGAGAGCGUAAGUGAUCUUUGAAAUUGUUUGUAAAAUACGAUGAUUGUAUAAUUUUUUCGUCUGUUUAGGAAAUGUAAUGCUCAAGGCUGAAAUCAAAGUUCGUCGUAUCACAGAGAACGCUGCUUCCAGAAAACGAAAGCUCUCGGAAGAAGACAGUGGCCGUUUUUCGACGGAAUCUACACCAAGCAAGAACCCAAAAAUGGAAGAGCCAAAGAAGUCGACAAAUUUCUCAAUUGAUUCUUUGUUACAAUAA